AGGUGCAGGCGAGGCAGCCGAGUGGACGCCGGGGUCUCGACGGCCGCAGCUGGUCCGGGACUGCGUGACUCGCUGCUCUCCGUUAGAGCCUUGGUCGCCUUCUUACUUCCUCCGCCCGCCUUGUGAGGAACUUCGUAGGCCGGAAGCCCCCGGUGUUUCAUUUGGCUUCUCAGUGUUUAACUUGAUGAAUGCCAUCAUGGGAAGUGGCAUACUUGGCUUAGCUUACGUCAUGGCAAAUACUGGUAUUCUUGGAUUUAGUUUCUUGUUGCUGGUGGUUGCCGUCCUGGCUUCGUACUCAGUCCAUCUCCUGCUCAGCAUGUGUGUUCAUUCAGCUGUAACGUCUUAUGAAGACCUUGGACUCUUCGCGUUCGGAUUACCCGGAAAGGUGGUGGUGGCAGGUACCAUAAUAAUUCAGAAUAUAGGAGCCAUGUCAUCUUAUCUUUUAAUUAUUAAGACAGAGCUUUCUGCUGCUAUUUCAGCAUUUUUGCAUGGAGACUAUACUGGGUCUUGGUAUCUUGAUGGACAAACCCUACUAAUCAUCAUUUGUGUCAGCAUUGUGUUCCCUCUUGCCCUUCUCCCCAAAAUAGGCUUUCUUGGCUACACAAGUAGUUUAUCAUUUUUCUUUAUGGCGUUCUUUGCUCUUGUGGUAAUUAUUAAAAAAUGGUCCAUCCCUUGUCCCCUAAUGUUGAAUCAUGUAGGGGAGUGCUUCCAGAUUUCAAAUGCUACAGAUGAUUGUAAACCAAAGCUCUUUCAUUUCUCCAAAGAGAGUGUUUAUGCAAUACCAACCAUGGCUUUUUCAUUUCUCUGCCAUACCUCAGUCUUGCCCAUAUACUGUGAACUUCAAAGCCCUUCAAAGAGACGAAUGCAGAAUGUAACCAAUACAGCAAUUGCUUUCAGUUUUCUCAUUUAUUUUGUCUCUGCACUCUUUGGGUACCUCACAUUUUAUGACAAAGUGGAGUCAGAAUUACUCCAAGGUUAUACUAAAUAUUUGCCGCGCGACGCCGUUGUCAUGAUUGUGAAGCUGUGUCUGCUGCUUGCUGUGCUUCUGACGGUCCCUCUCAUCCACUUCCCUGCCAGAAAAGCUUUAAUGAUGAUCUUCUUCUCCAAUUUCCCAUUCUCAUGGAUUCGCCAUUUCUUAGUCACUCUAGCACUCAACGUAAUCAUUGUUUUACUUGCAAUAUAUGUCCCUGACAUUAGUAAAGUAUUUGGUGUUGUUGGUGCCAGUACCUCAACAUGUUUGAUUUUUGUGUUUCCGGGAUUGUUUUACCUCAAACUCAGCACAGAGGACUUUCUCUCGUGGAAAAAGUUUGGAGCUUUGGUUUUGCUUAUCUCUGGAAUUCUGGUCGGAAAUUUUAGCUUAGCACUCAUCAUCUUUGAUUGGAUUAAUAAAUGAAGCAAAUGAAGUAGUAAAUUAAAUAAAGGAAAGAAUCAUUUACUUCUGUAUACAAGAUGAAAUGAUUCUGGAAGGCACCUUGGAUGAAAAAUAAUGGUUUGAUAAAAAUCAUUGGCAGAAAAA